UGCUACUUGCAGAGUUCAUUGGGUCCCCAUUUUUUUUUUCUCUGUUCCUCAAUGCCCCCACUGCCUACUUCGGAAAUUUCCCCUGCUUUCCAUUCAUGCAAAAACAGUACUUAUAACAAAAACACCGGGCCCCUUGCUUAUGGUUUUUGUAAAACCGACAUCCCAUAAAUUAGCGUGGCUUAUCUCCAACUCCUGAACUUACACAAAACUUGCUAUUUAUCCCCUUUCUAUUUAGCUGAAAAAGAAACUAAAUUUUUUCUACUCAACCAUUUUUUUGUCUACUUGAAUCGAAUAUUUGAAAUACCAGCAAAUAUUUAUUGUACUAAUAAGUCACAUAAUAUCCUCAGAAUUUCCUUUCUAUCAGCGUUACGCUGUUGGGAUACUUGGAAAUAAGCUAAAAAGCGAGUAAUGGACCUGAUCCCAGGGCUACCUAAUGACAUAGCUAUUGAAUGUCUCAUACGUCUUCCUGUUGAACAAUUCUCUAAAGCAGCUUCAGUAAGCAAAAAUUGGAAACACGAGAUUACACUGCCGGAGUUUCGACGCCGGCGAAAAAAUUCCGGGUUUACCCGACCCGUUUUGGUCAUGGCCCAAUCCAUGGUUGCUGCUGUGAACAAGCCUCGGGGCGAAACUGCUCUUUCGUCUACCCAGGUUUACCGUCUCUCGGUAUUUGACCCGGAAAAUGACUCCUGGUAUGAUUUACCACCAAUACCAGAGUUGAUUGAUGGGUUGCCGAGGUUUUGCCGGGUCGUUGGAGUCGGGUCGGAUUUAGUAGUGAUUGGCGGGUGUGACCCGGAUACUUGGCGGGUCAUGGACUGCGUGUUUAUUUACAAUUUCAUAUCCGGGUCAUGGCGUCGUGGGUCGGAUAUGCCAGGUCAGCAAAGGUUGUUCUUCGGGUGCGCGUCGGAUUCUGACAACAUGAUCCUCGUCGCAGGUGGACAUGACGAGGAAAAGAAUGCGUUGAAUUCAGUUAUUUCAUACGACGUCGUGAAAGACGAAUGGGUUACACUUCCGGACAUGGAAAUGGAGAGGGACGAAUGUAAGGUUGUAUUUCACAAAGGCAAAUUCCACGUCAUCGGCGGUUAUCCUACGUGGACGCAAGGUCAAUUUGAGAAACAUGCUGACGUGUUCGACUUCGCCACGUGGCAGUGGCAUCUGGAAGAUGACUUCUUGGGAGCUAUCAACAUUUCUCCUCAUACUUGCAUUGAAGGUGAUGAUGGGAAAUUAUACAUGUGCCGAGACAGUGAUGUGGCCGUGAAGGAUGAUGCCACGUGGGAAAUGGUGGAAAGAUUGCCAGAUGGGAUUACCAGCGUGGCGUAUUUGACAGCGUGUCAAGGGAAGUUGAUAUUGGUUGGAUAUGGUCAAUUUGAUGAAGGGUAUAGUUUUUGUGCUUUGGAUGUGAGGAGUGAUGGUAAGUUGAAAAAAUGGACAAAGUUAGAGACUCCUGAUGAAUAUUGUGGUCAUGUUCAAUAUGGUUGUUGCUUGGAGAUGUGAUGUUCUGAAAGGCAAUAAUUAACAAAAUCUGUACUUAGGUUUAAGAAUGAGAGUGGUUUUUUUCCUUUUCCUAAGAUACUCAACUAGUCUAGGUAUUGAUUGCUCUUAUCUUUGGCAUGUUCAGUUGUGUGUUGUGAUUCAAUUUUUGACACAGUACUACUUGGGGAAAAGCCA